CUUUAAUGCUAAACCAGCCUAGCUUAUCGUCGCUGUUCUUAGCUAUCCAUGACAGUGGCUCCGGGGCGUUGUUUUUUGUUUUUUUUAUCAUCUAAACCGAUAAAUUAGUCACGUUUAAGCCGCCGGAGAGCGUCCUUUGCUGGGAAUUUCCUUCAGGAUGAUUCCUACGGAGGAUGCGUCCGCCAGGAAGCGGGAAAUCGAGGAGAAACUCAAGCAGGAGCAGGAGACGCUGUCGUUCAUCCGGGAGAACCUGGAGAAGAGCGAUCAGCUGACCAAAAACAUGGUUUCCAUCCUGUCUUCGUUCGAGAGCCGUCUGAUGCAGCUGGAGAACUCCAUCAUCCCGGUUCACAAGCAGACAGAGAACCUGCAGCGGCUGCAGGAGAACGUGGACAAAACUCUGUCCUGCAUGGACCACGUCAUCAGCUACUACCACGUGGCCAAAGACACCGACAGGAUCAUCAGAGAGGGGCCUACAGGCAGACUGGAUGAGUAUCUUGCUUGUAUUGCAAAGAUUCAGAAAGCUGUCGAAUACUUUCAAGACAACAACCCAGACAGCCCUGAACUCAACACAGUGAAAGCGCGCUUUGAGAAGGGGAAGGAGCUGCUGGAGGCAGAGUUCCGCAGCCUCCUGACCCGCUACAGUAAACCUGUUCCCCCCAUCCUCAUCCUGGAUGCCAUCAGCGUGGAUGAAGAGCUGGAGGUCCAGGAGGAGGUGGUGCUGGAACACCUGCCUGAGGCCGUUCUUCAGGACAUCAUCUGCAUCGCCGGCUGGCUGGUGGAGUACGGGCGCAACCAGGACUUCAUGAACGUCUACUUCCAGAUCAGGUCCAGCCAGCUCGAUCGCUCCAUCAAAGGCCUCAAGGAGCAUUUCCGCAAGAACAGCGCCUCCUCCGGUGUCCUCUACUCGCCCGCCGUCCAAACCAAACGCAAGGAUACGCCGACUAAAAAGGCCCCGAAGAGACCAGUCUACAUCCCAGGGACCAUUCGCAAGGCUCAGAACCUUCUGAAACAGUACUCACAGCAUGGGCUGGAUGGGAAAAAGGGGGGCUCUAACCUCACUCCUUUGGAAGGAAAGGAUGAUGUCCUGGACAUCGAGAUUGAUUCGUACAUCCACUGCAUCAGUGCCUUCGUCAAGCUGGCUCAGAGCGAGUACGCGCUGCUGACUGAGAUCAUCCCCGAGCACCACCAGAAGAAGACCUUUGAUUCCCUCAUUCAGGAGGCGCUGGACAAUCUGAUGCUGGAGGGGGAGAACAUCGUGGCUGCAGCUCGCCGGGCCAUAAUGCGCCACGACUACUCGGCCGUCCUCACCAUCUUCCCCAUCCUCAGACACCUGAAGAUGAACAAGUCUGAGUUUGAUACAACGCUGCAGGGGACGGCGGCGAGCACCAAGAACAAGCUGCCCACCCUCAUCACCUCCAUGGAGACAAUUGGAGCCAAAGCUCUGGAGGAGUUUGCAGACAGCAUCAAGAAUGAUCCUGAUAAGGAAUACAACAUGCCCAAGGAUGGAACAGUCCACGAACUGACCAGCAAUGCCAUCCUGUUCCUGCAGCAGCUGCUGGACUUUCACGAGACUGCUGGAGCCAUGCUGGCCUCACAAGUACUGGGGGACACUUACAAUAUACCUUUAGACCCCCGAGAGACGAGUUCAGCCAGCAGCUACGCCUCCGACUUCAACAAAAAGCUCCUCAGUACCUACAUAUGUAAGGUUUUGGGGAACUUGCAGCUUAACCUGCUCAGUAAAUCCAAAGUGUACGAGGAUUCAGCUCUGAGCGCCAUCUUCCUGCACAACAACUACAACUACAUCCUCAAGUCGCUGGAAAAGUCUGAGCUGAUCCAGCUGGUGACGGUGACUCAGAAGCGAGCAGAGAGCUCCUACAGGGAGCUCAUAGAGCAGCAGAUCGACACGUACCAGCGCAGCUGGGUGAAAGUCACGGAGCACCUGACCGACAAGAACAUGCCUGUCAUACAGCCCGGCACCAAGCUGAAAGAUAAAGAGCGACAAGUGAUUAAAGACAAAUUCAAGGGGUUUAAUGAUGGCUUGGAGGAGCUGUGUAAGAUCCAGAAGGGCUGGGCCAUCCCGGACAAAGACCAGAGAGACUUCAUCCGGCAGGCUCAGAAGAAGGUGGUGUCUGAUGCCUACAGAGCCUUCCUGCAGAGAUGUGCCAACAUUUCCUUCACCAAGAACCUCGAGAAGUAUCACAAGUAUCGACCGGAGGAGGUGGAGGAGAUGAUCGAGAAGCUGUUCGACACAUCUGCCUGAGGAGGAGCCUCUUCCCCCACGUGCACCUCCACCCCCAGAGAAACACGAGCUCCUUCGGCCAAAGGCCCUCCCCGCGCUGCCGUCACCCUGUGGCUAAAUAAUGUUUUGUACAAAGAUGUGAACAUGAUGUAUUUAUGUAAUUUAGCCACUCCAGCUCAACAUUUCAGACAAAUAAAGGGAACUCUGAAUUAACCUG